GUAAACAAGACUCUUCUAGUAGACAAGACUGUUCUAGUAGACAAGACUGUUCUAGUAGACAAGACUCUUCUAGUAGACAAGACUGUUCUGGUAGACAAGACUGUUCUAGUAGACAAGACUCUUCUGGUAGACAAGACUCUUCUGGUAGACAAGACUCUUCUAGUUAACAAGACUGUUCUAGUUAACAAGAUUCUUCUAGUUAACAAGACUGUUCUAGUAGACAAGACUGUUCUAGUAGACAAGACUCUUCUAGUAGACAAGACUGUUCUAGUAGACAAGACUGUUCUAGUAGACAAGACUUCUAGUUAA